AUGCACGUAUCGGCGGAUCCGAGCGAGAGGUACAAAGUCUCCGAGGUAUUCAGAGAUGCAUCUGCUGCUGGCUUAACUGUGUGCAGAACUUGGGCUUUCAGUGAUGGAGGUGAUCGUGCACUACAAAUAUCUCCCGGGACAUAUGAUGAAAGUGUAUUUCAGGGACUAGAUUUUGUGAUUUCUGAAGCAAGAAAACAUGGGAUUCGCCUGAUAUUGAGCUUCGUGAACAAUUACAAUGAUUUCGGAGGAAAACCACAAUAUGCUCAAUGGGCAAGAAAUGCAGGAGUACAGAUUAACAGUGAAGAUGAUUUCUACACAAAUCAUGUGCUUAAGGAUUAUUACAAGAACCAUAUUAGGAGAAUUGUUACAAGGUUCAACACCCUCACCAAAAUUACUUACAAGGAUGAUCCCACGAUCAUGGCAUGGGAGCUCAUGAAUGAGCCUCGCUGCCAAACCGAUUACUCUGGAAAAACAGUCAAUGGUUGGGUUCAAGAAAUGGCAACUUUUGUGAAGUCCCUAGAUAGAAGACAUUUGCUUGAGAUUGGCAUGGAAGGAUUUUAUGGAGAUACAAUGCCAAAAAGGAAAAAAGUCAAUCCAGGUUACCAAGUCGGGACGGAUUUCAUUAGCAACAACCUUAUUAGAGAGAUUGAUUUCACUACCAUACAUGCAUAUCCUGAUAUCUGGUUAUCGGGGAAAAGUGACAACGAACAAAUGGCUUUUAUGGAAAGAUGGAUGUCGAGCCACUGGGAUGAUGCAAGAGGAAUUUUGAAGAAGCCACUUGUCAUAGCCGAAUUCGGAAAAUCUAGCAAAGAUCCAGGUUACAGUUUAACUGCUAGAGAUUUAUACAUGGGCGAUGUAUACAGAGAUAUAUACAGAUUUGCAAGAACAGGAGGAACAAUGAGUGGAAGUUUAGUAUGGCAACUUAUGGCAGAAGGCAUGGAUUCAUAUCACGAUGGAUAUGAAAUUAUCUUAUCUCAAAAUCCCUCAACUGCUGGAAUCAUGUCAAGACAAUCUCAUGCCAUGACAGAUUUACCUCAUUAA